AUCAGAUUGGAAUACUUUUUCUUUGCAUUUAUCAUUUAUUUGUGUUGUAAAAAUGACUGAAACCGAUGCAACGAAGCAGCCUCUGCAAAUACCAGACAGGUUUAUACCUUAUUUGGAGAAGUAUAGAAUUUACAAGCUUUUUAAAGAUAUGGUACAAGACCUGGUGAUCAACUUGCCCCAAGACCAUUUGAAACAUAUGAAAGUCUUUCUCAACCAUCGCAUACUCAGUGGGAAAGACGCUGACCGAGUCAUUAUUUUAGUUUCGCCUGAAGUAAACAUCGAUAUUAACAUGAUUGCCAAAGACCUAAUAAAAGAUCUGGGCUUCUACGUUAUCACACGGCGCUGCGUGAUGGAUCGCUACGAAAAGAGCGAUAACUACGUGCCCGGCUGCAUUUCGCCCGUGCGGAUGGCAGAAGUUACCAAGUCUCUGACGAUGACUAAUCAGGUUGCGCAAAGUGGUUGGCUCAUGUUCGACCACCCGUGCACGUUGCGUGAGGCGCGCUGCCUGCAGCAGCUGGGCGUGCUACCGACGAUGACGCUGGUGCUGACUCCGCCGCCCCCGCACGCGCCCCGUACCGACCAUCCCCACACCGCAAGACGAUCAUUUUUCGACCAGGACUUCGAAGCACUCAAAUUCGCCUACAAGGCUACCUUGAAGGAGAUAUACGUAAACCCAGAUGAGGACACAAAGUGUAUAGAGAUGAAGUGCGUGCGGGGAAUACGUGCAGCGGCGGCGGGCGCGCACGCGGGCGCGCGCUCGCUGGCCACGGUGGGCGCGCCCGGCAACUACCGCGUGCUGCUGCUAGGCCCGCGCGGCUGCGGCCGCCGCCUACACGCCAAAGCGCUCUCCGAUCGCUUCGGACUAGUACAUUUGCAUUUCAAUGAUCUCUAUAAUGAGGCUAAAGAAGGCGAUGACGAGAUUGGUGAGAAGCUGCGUAGCUUCGGCCUCAGUACACGGCUCAGGGCUGACAUUGUGAGGCGACGCCUGGCUAAAAAGGAUUGCAUCGAUAAUGGCUGGGUCCUCACCGGCUUUCCCACUAGCGGCGCUGAUUUUGAAAACUUGGACAACAUGCCCACACCACCAAAUAGGAUAAUAUUCCUGAACGCCGACUGGCAGACGUGUAAGACGCGCGUGCUGUCGCGUGGCGUGGACUGGUGCAGCGGCCAGGCGGCGCCGCUCGGCUCCGGCCCGCGCGUGCUCGUACACCCUGACGAUAACGAGGCCGCGCUUGACGCCGAGUUGGACACGUACUUCACUGAGACUUUGGCAGAACUGCGGGCGGCUGCUGGUAUCAACGCUGAAGAAGUGGACGCAUGUAAACCAAUCGAUCAAGUGCAGGUAGAAAUCCAGGCAGCGAUCAUGGCGACGCCCGCUUUCAACAUGGAGUUUGGUUCGCAGUUGAGCAAUAACGUGCGCGGCGACUAGCCAUUGACUAUUAUUAUUAAUUGGGAUUAAAUAAAAA